UUCUCUACGAUGAGCGGCGCGGCUGCCCCGGGCCUGGAAGGCAGGGUCCGGAAAACACUGCGAAAGGUUUUCGGGUUUGAGUCCUUCAAGACUGCCCUGCAGGAAAGCGCGACCAUGACCGUGGCAAGAGGCGAGAAGGAUGUCUUUGUAUGCAUGCCCACAGGGGCAGGGAAAUCCCUGUGCUACCAGCUUCCUGCAGUUCUGGCAGUGGGCAUCACCAUUGUCAUUUCACCUCUGAUUGCACUGAUUCAGGAUCAAGUAGAUCACUUGCUGGCUCUGAAGAUCAAAGCCUGCUCUCUGAACUCCAAACUUUCUGCCCAGGAAAAGAAGACCAUCCUGGCUGACUUAGCAAGUGAGAAGCCCCAAGUAAAGCUCCUGUACCUCACCCCAGAGAUGGCAGCUGCCUCGUCCUUCCAGCCUACGCUGAACUCCCUGGUGUCCCGAAACCUCUUGUCCUACCUGAUAAUCGACGAAGCGCACUGCGUCUCCCAGUGGGGACACGAUUUCCGACCUGACUACCUGCGGCUGGGCACCCUGCGCGCUCGCAUACCCAACACGCCGUGCGUUGCCUUGACUGCCACUGCCACCAAGCAGGUCCAGGAGGACAUUGUGGCAGCGCUUAAGCUAAAGCAGCCACUUUCCACGUUUAAGACUCCUUGCUUCAGGUCUAACUUGUUCUAUGAUGUGCAGUUCAAAGAGCUCUUGACUGAUCCAUAUGCCAACUUGAAGGAUUUCUGUCUGAAGGCGCUUGAAGUGAAGAACGCGACUGGGGUGUACUCCGGUUGUGGCAUCGUGUACUGCCGGAUGAGGGAUGUGUGCGACCAGCUGGCUAUUGAACUGAGCUACCGAGGAGUGAAAGCCAAGGCGUACCACGCAGGACUCAAGGCAGCUGACAGGACUUCAAUCCAGAAUGAGUGGAUGGAGGAGAAGAUCCCAGUUAUUGUGGCAACCAUCAGUUUUGGAAUGGGAGUAGACAAAGCCAACGUCAGAUUCGUUGCCCAUUGGAAUAUUGCCAAGUCAAUGGCUGGAUAUUACCAAGAAUCUGGCAGAGCUGGGAGGGAUGGGAAGCCAUCCUGCUGCCGCCUCUACUACUCACGGAAUGACCGGGAUCAAGUCAGCUUCCUGAUUAAGAAGGAGCUCGCUAAUAUCCAAGAAAAAAAAGGCACCUUAAAAGAAUCUGACAAAGCUGUGAUGACAUCUUUUGACGCCAUUGUGAACUUCUGCGAGGAGCUGGGGUGA